CCUGCUGAUUCACCAUACAAAACCACACACACCGCAGCGAAAACCAGAGCUCCGCACCACCACCACCAACCAAAACCCAAACCCUUCAUCGCUUCUCAACCCAUUUGCUUUCUCAAUGGAAGCGGUGAAACCAUGAACUCUCAUCGUUUAGCCUCUCCGUGUUUCCAUCGCUUUUUUCCCCUUCUUCGUUCAACCCCACACACCCCCACUUCGCGAAACCUAGCUUUCACGUGAAUGCAGUUUAGCCUCUCCGUGUUUCCACCGCUCAAACUUCCAGGUUUUUGGUGGGGGCAUUGUUUGACUUCACUUCUGCUCUCUGGUCCGUGGUUUUCCGGUGAAGCUUUGUUUUCUCUCUGUUGAAUCUUUGAUCCACCCAUUUUCUUUCUGAGUUCACUUUUUUCUUUGAGAAAAAUUGAAUUUAUUUUCUGGGGUUGUUGUUGUUGUUGUUGUUGUUGUUGUCGGUUGGUUUUUGUUGGGUUUAGGAACGGUGAUAUGUGAUAGGGUUUUGUGUAGUGCAAUUUGGGUUGGUCGAGGAACGACGACUCAUUGUUGGUUUGUUAUCGUUUUGAUGUGAUUACAGUGGGGUUGGUUGUUGGUUGCUGCUGAGAAUGUCUGCUUCUGCUGCUGUUGGUGAGGUUGCUGCUGCUCCUGUUUUUGUGGCUUGGGAGGAGCAGGUGAUAUGCCAGGAACGUGGGAGCCGUGUGGUUCACUUUUACUUGAAGGAUGCGGCGGGGAAUUCGGUGCUGGCUGUUGUGGGGACUGAGAGGAGUGUGAGGCACAUGAUGUAUGUUGUCCCUGACCAAUUUGUGCAGGCUUAUGGAUCCACUUUUCCCAUCAACGCGUGUAAGUGGAGGGCGAGGAGAGAGGUUGCCGACUGGCUCACUUGUUUGGUCUCGCAGAACCGUCCACACCCUGCAGGUGUACAGCUGGAUGAUUCAGCACAAGUUGUAGAAUCUCUCAAGAUGUUAACAGCUGGAAUCAAUGGAAUCAAUGUUAACAAAAAAACUUUACCUGACAAGCUGAUUUCUAGGAAGUUGAAAUUUCAAAGUUCAGAUAUUGAAUGGUCAGGCACUGCUUGGUUUUGUGCAAAACAGCUGAAGCACUACUCAGGGUUCUGCAGGAAUGGGACGACCAUAUAUGUUCAUUCAUUUGUUUACAUAAUGGCUGAAGAGGAAAACCACUAUAUUGGUUACUUGGAAGACAUGUAUGAAGACAAAAAGAAACAAAAAAAGGUAAAGGUACGGUGGUUUCACCAUGGUCAGGAAGUUAAGCAUGUGAUACCAGAGUUGGAUCUGCACGCCGGAGAGGUUUUCAUCACCCCUCAUGUUCAGGUGGUCAGUGCUGAGUGCGUCAAUGGUCCUGCAAUAGUUUUGACACCUAAGCAUUUUGAGGAAUACCUGGCUGCUGUGCCCCAUACCUCUUUAUCUGAGAUCCAUAUUUGCUUUAGGCAGUUUAAAAACAACAAGCUUAAGCCCUUCACGCUUACCAAGCUGCGUGGAUAUGGUAACCAAUCUAUACUUUCUUGUUUGGAUAGUCCUAUUAUCCCCAAGAGAAAGGCCAAGUGUCAAAAAUCGCCCACAGGAAAUGAUGAGAACAUCACCCAAGAUGAUCUCUUACUGUCCACCAAUAAGAAGAGUAGAAUUUCUAUGGGGCAUCAAGUUCUUGAAAAGGGGCCUUCUGAUCUGCAAAACUCAGCUCCUAUGAAUGGAAUGGAAAAAUAUGAACCAAAAUACCCAAGUUUGAAAUUAAAAUUAUCAAGAAAAACAAUGGGUAUCACGGUGAUUGGACCUAAGCCUGAAGAGUCUCUUAAGGUUGGUGACAAGAUAGAGGUUCUCUCUAAUGAUAGUGGCAUUAGAGGAUGCUGGUUUAGAUGUAAAAUCUUGAGCAUGUCCCAGAGGCGGCUGAAGGUCCUGCAUGAGGAUGUGAUGGAUGUAGAUGAUGAAGGGAAACUAGAGGAAUGGGUCCCUGCUUCUAGGGUGGCCGCUCCUGACAAACUGGGCAUGCGAUGUUCAGGCCGCUUAACUGUCCGGCCAAGCCCUCCUGAUUAUACUGCAGGUGAUACUUUUGAGGUUGGAGCAGCAGUGGAUGCCUGGUGGUGUGAUGGAUGGUGGGAAGGUGUGAUAACUGCAGUCAAUCCUAGUGGAGAUGGAAAGCUGCAGGUUUAUUGCCCUGGUGAAGAGAAGUUGCUAUUGGUCAAGAAGAAGAAUCUUCGAAUUUCCCGAGAUUGGAUUGAGAACAAGUGGGUUGACAUAAUGGGAAAGCCUGACAUUUGUAGCUACUUAUCACCGAAUGUCAGUUCCGGCAUCAGGCUGUCAGCUAAUUCUGCAGUGGUAGAUGGUUCCGUGUCUGUAGAAAGCAAAUCAUCUUCAAUUGCCAAAGUUGAAGUUGCUCAGAAGGUCGAGCCAGAAAUAUCUGGUCUGGAAGCACCUGAGGACCCGGAAAGCAUGAAGGGAACAACUUUGUCGAAGCCACUUCAUGCCAUUGAUGAAAACAAGGGUAACUCUGGUGGCAGCAGUGAUGAUGGCACUCACAAUGCUGAUGAUGAAAAGAAGCCGCUUGAUGCCUUUGUCGAAGAAGACAAGGACAACUCUGGUGGUGGAAGUGAUGGUAGCACUGACAAUGACGGCGGCGCUGACAAAACUGAAGAGAGCGAGGAAAACGUGAUGAUGGAGGAGAGCUUUGAUUGUGCUGGAGCAAAACUUGAUGCAGCGGAAGCAAUACAAGUUGCAUGAUGAUUAUAUGGAAGCGGUAGAUGGGGAAUUUUCUCUCCUGAAUAUAUAUACUAGAGGUGGGAAUCACCCUCCUUGUUGUAUAUAAAACAAAACCAACAGGACCUGGGGUAAGUAAUACAUGCGGAGUAUAAUGACUGUCGUAGUGUAUAGCUUAUGUUUUUUGGACUUAGAGUUUUUCAUUAGAUCGACAUUCUAUAUAGGAAGGAUGGUAUAUUUUAGGGUCAUGUGCGUGUUAGAUGCACUUUUGCACAUACCAGUUGAAACUGCAUAUCAGAGUUAGCCCUUGCGCAAAAUUUGCAAGUAGACUAGAUUUUAAGUAGUUUUGGCUUUUGACCAUGAAUCAUUUGGUAUUUAUAAAAAUUAUAAAAUUUUGUGGACCUGUUUA